AUGGAACUACCACCGAUACAAAAGUUUCAUUAUUUACGAGCUUCCGUGAAAGGCGAGGCCGCAAAGGUGAUCGAAGCAAUCACGAUCAGCGCAGCCAAUUACGAGCUAGCAUGGCAAAUGCUCACCGAACGAUACUCGAAUGAGUAUUUGUUAAAGAAACGGCAUCUUCAAGCGCUUUUUGGUAUGGCCACCGUUAAGAAGGAGAGUGCAUCAACCCUUCACCAUCUUGUGGACGAGUUCGAACGUCACAAGAAAACGCUCAAUCAUCAAGGCGAAAAAACGGAGGCAUGGAGCUGCUUGUUAGAACACUUAAUGUGCACAAAAUUGCCUACCUCCACAUUAAGAGAUUGGGAGGAAAAUGCCUCAACUAGCCAAAAUCCUAGUUACGAAGGAUUAAUCGCAUUUUUACAGCGCCGUAUGCGAGUGUUGGAAACCCUACAGUCGGCACCGAUCGACAUUAUUCUCGGUGCCCGGCACUAUCACACGUUCUUUGUAAGCGGGGCGCAAUAUAAAAUGUCAUCGAAUCUACCAGUCCUGAUGGAGAGCGUAUUUGGCUGGGUCGUGAGUGGAUCAGCAUCUACCUCUCAGCCAGCAACAUCCAAUACUUUUCACACUUCAUCCGUGGUGUGUAUGGUUUCACUAGAAGAAUCAAUAGAGCGUUUCUGGAAAGUGGAAGAACUACAGGUUAACGAUGGCUAUUCUCCUGAGGAUCGCAAAUGUGAGCAAUUUUACAAAGAUACAACACAGCGAGAUGAAGCUGGUCGUUAUAUGGUAUGCUUACCUAAACAAGCAGACUUCGAUGAUAAGCUUGGCCUUUCAAAGGCAGCAGCAUUAAGGCGAUUUAGUUUGUUAGAAAGGAGGUUAGAACGAGAUCCAAACGUAAAAGCGGCGUACCAUGAUUUCAUGCGUGAGUAUCUGGAGCUUGGGCACAUGUCACGCAUAAAAAAUCCCUCCGACGACGAACGCGCGUAUUAUCUGCCUCACCAUCCCGUGUUCAAAGCCGCUAGCUCCACAACAAAGGUUCGCGUGGUAUUUGAUGGUUCAGCUAAGACGUCCACCGGCUUUUCGCUAAACGAGGCGUUAUGCAUCGGCCCUGUCGUGCAGGACGAUCUGCUCGACAUAAUUUUGCGCUUCCGCACAUAUAAGGUAGCCGUUGUUGGAGAUAUUGCGAAAAUGUAUCGACAAGUAUUGCUCCAUCCUAACGACCGGAAAUUUGUACGCAUUUGCUUUCGAUUUUCGCCUCACUCGCCAAUCGAAUAUUUUGAGCUGAAUACGGUUACUUAUGGCUUAGCCCCCUCAUCAUUCUUGGCAACCAGAACAUUGCUGCAGCUUGCAAACGAUGAGGGCGCCUCUUGUCCCAAUGCUGCAGCUGCUUUGAAAACUAACUUCUACGUUGACGAUUUCAUCGGUGGUGCUGAUUCCAUCGGAAAUGCUCGCCAGUUGCGAAUCGAGCUUUCUCAAUUGCUCGCCAAAGGCGGCUUCGAGCUGCGAAAGUGGACAUCCAAUCAGCUCGAGGUGCUCGCCGGUUUAAAUGCGGAUCAAAUCGGCACACAGUCAGCGCGGCAAUUCUUACCACACGAGACGGUAAAGGCUCUUGGUGUUUCAUGGGAGCCAGAGCAUGACGUUUUAUCCUUCGAAUCCGCAAUAUCCAGUGAUGUGUCCAUUCCGACAAAGCGAUCCAUUCUAUCCAACGUAGCUCGCAUGUUCGAUCCGCUGGGCCUGAUCUCCCCGAUUGUCAUUCGGGCCAAGAUGAUGAUGCAGGAAUUAUGGUUGCAGAAAGCUGGUUGGGACGAGUAUGUUCCAGAUACUAUCUGUAAGAAAUGGAAAACAAUACAAGAGGAUUGGCAACUCAUCUCUGAAUUCAAGGUUAGUCGUUAUGCGCUUCUACCUGGUGCGCGUAUUCAGCUACAUACCUUCUGUGAUGCAUCGGAGGCAGCAUAUGGAGCCUGCAUUUAUGCGCGUUGUGAAGGCGAAGGUGGGCAGAUUCGCAUAACGUUGCUUUCUUCCAAAUCGCGUGUGGCACCGCUCAAGCGCGUCACACUACCCCGCCUUGAACUAUGCGCUGCUGUAUUAGGAGCACACCUGCAUCACCGAGUAAAGAAGGCGAUGGGGAUCAACGUUGCAGAAUCUUUCUUUUGGUCGGAUUCCACCAUCACCUUAACCUGGAUCAGCGCCACACCCAACACAUGGGCAACGUUUGUGGCUAACCGGGUAUCUGAAGUGCAGCAUUACUCACACCCGCGGCAGUGGAGACAUGUACCCGGCGCGUCUAAUCCUGCUGACCUGGGUUCACGAGGCAUGUCAGCCGCUGAUUUCCUGAAAAGCAAACUGUGGAGCUUCGGUCCGGAUUGGCUAUCUUUGCCCGCUUCCAUCUGGCCCAACUCUAACCCGGAACCAGCCAACGAAACGAAUCUAGAGAAUCGCCAGCUACAAGCGAUUGCUGCGUAUCGUAUCAUACUGCAUUCGCUUCACACGUAA